CGCCCCUGCUCACCGUUCCUCAUCCUCAUCGUCUUCGCCUUCUUUAAAUAAACUUUCUCCCGAGCUACAUCUCCGUCAACGAUCUCCGAUCAAUUUCAAUCAGACUGUAGAGAUCAGGGCCUCACACUAUUCUCUGGCUUAUCAAGGUUGGAGAAGUGCGUGUCUAAACAAGCAGUCGACCUCCAGCGUCUGUUUCUGAAGAUUUUUCAUUAUUAUUUUCAAAUAACGACGAUUUGAACCAACUACGAAAGGUGCCACAUUUCUCUCUCUCUUCCAGUUUCAUUUUUUAUCUCAAGUGAAGAAUCUUCAUUUAACCAGAUCGUAUUAAACCGGUUUAAUCGUCUAUCUUUCUCCGUCGCUGCUGCCGCAGAUUCGAACCUUUCUAUCCGAAGUUAUUCUCCUUUUCGUUUUUUGGUUUUGAUUUUAGCAAUGGAUGGUGAUGAUUCGUGUAGCUUGGUUUUGUGUGGGAAGUCCUCUGUUGAGAAUGAUACAGCAAAGCGUUUGAAGAACGAGAACUUGCUUAAGCUCCCAGAUGAUACUUCUAAAGUUUCACUCUUUUUAGCUUCCGAGAUCAAGAAUUUGGUUAGAGAUUAUGAUGAUGAUGAUUCAUUCAAUCUUCCACUCUUCAUGAACUCGCUUUCAACUUCUCGGUUCGGUCGGUUUCUCAUUUGGUCUCCCCGCUUGUCUUCCACUCACGAUCUUGUUUCUCAUAACUUUUCUGAGCUUCCGGUUGGUUCAGUUUGCGUCUCAGAUAUUCAGUUUAAGGGUAGAGGCAGAACAAUGAAUAUCUGGGAAUCUCCAAAGGGUUGUCUUAUGUAUUCUUUUACGGUAGAAAUGGAAGAUGGUCGAAUCGUGCCUUUGAUUCAAUAUGUUGUAUCUCUUGCUGUUACUGAGGCUGUGAAAGAUGUUUGUGACAACAAGGGUUUGCCGUAUAUAGAUGUUAAAAUAAAGUGGCCCAAUGAUCUUUACUUGAAUGACCUGAAAGUCGGAGGCAUUUUGUGUACCUCUACCUACAGAUCUAGAAAAUUUCACGUUAGUGUUGGUGUGGGAUUGAAUGUGGACAAUGAUCAACCGACCACAUGCUUAAACGCUGUAUUAAAAGACAUAUCUCCUGCAUCAAUUCUACUUAAAAGAGAAGAAAUUAUUGCUGCCUUCUUUCAUAAAUUCGAGAAAUUCUUUGAUCUGUUCAUUGACCAAGGUUUUAAAUCUCUCGAGGAGCUUUACUACAGGACAUGGCUUCACAGCGGGCAAAGAGUGAUCAUUGAAGAUAAAAUCGAGGACCAAGUUGUUCAAAACAUUGUGACUAUCCAGGGUUUGACAUCUUCUGGAUAUCUUCUGGCUAUUGGAGAUGAUUAUCAAAUGUAUGAGCUUCACCCUGAUGGCAAUAGUUUUGACUUUUUCAAAGGUCUAGUCCGAAGAAAAAUCUGAUCCUUGAGAUGUUAGCACCAUGGACACGACAAGUACUUGUCACGGUUUAAUCCAACGGAGAAAGUGUUUAUUUAUAUAGAUUAUUACUGUGGUGUUAUCCCUUAUUUGAGUUAUUUCCUUGUAUUCACUAUGAAAAUAUUUCGUGAAAUAAGUAUUGGACCAAGUAGUAA